UGCACUGCCGUUUUUGUCGUAAACGGAAAGGGAGAUGUUUGUUAGCAACGGUCGUUGUGGUAAAUGAGUUGGUGUGCAUUUCUUUUGACCAGAUUGAGCCAUGUCGGCUAUAGCUGAUGAAACAGCAGGAGACCUGCCUGUGAAAGAUAUAAGCCUGAACCUCACUGGAGUCGGGGGAUUGCAAGAUGUGUCGGUGACGCAGAAUUCCCGAGCACGUCAGGCUGUGUCACGCAUUAGCCGAGAGGAGCUGGAGGAUCGCUUCCUGCGUCUCCACGAUGAGAACAUCCUGCUCAAACAGCAUGCCAACAAGCAAGAGGACAAGAUCCGCAGGAUGGCCACCAAGCUGAUCCGACUGGUGAAGGACAGGAAGCGGGCCGAGCAGCAGGACGGGAGGCCGCGGCCGCUGGGCCGGGACGUGGAGAUGGAAGAGCUGAUCGAGGAGCUGCAGGAGAAGGUGCAGGAGCUGGAGAAGCAGAACGAGGGGCUGAGGCAUCGACUGAUCGCGGCCAAGCAGCAGCUGCAGGUUCAGGGCCGCAGGCAGUCCCCUUACGGACACGUCCAGUCCCGCAUCAACAGUGGCCUGCGCAAGCUUCGGGACGACGCUCAGCCCAGCAGAGGGCUCAGAAGCAUGGAGCCUGAUGUUAGUGCAAGGGCAACCCAGACCAUUGCCCCCCGUUAUGGACACAGCCUGCUGGAUGAUGCCCGAGCUGAGAUCCGCAACCUGGAGAAUGUGAUCGAGUCACAGCAAGGGCAGAUGGAGGAGAUGGACAGGGUGACAGAGAUGCUGAGGGAACAGUUGAAGUGGAAAGAGAAGGAGUAUGAGGAGUCCCUGCUGCAGCUCCGAGAGCAUCAGGCCACUGGCCAGAGGUCAACCAUAAAGGACAAUGUGGAGAUGAUCAAACUGCAGAAGCAGCUUGCCGAGAAAGGCAAUGCUUUUACUGCUUUGGAGGGGAGAUUCUUCCAGCUGCAGGAGAGCCAGAGGACUCUGAAGGCCAGCCAUGAUGCGCUGAUGGUGAAGGUGGAUGAGCUCAAUGCACAGCUGAAGGAUGAGCGUCUGAAAGGCCUGAGUCUUGAGAAGCAACUGCAGGCCAGCUCUCUGGCACAGAGGAGAUCAGAAGAGCUGCAAGACCGGAUCGGUGAUCUGGAGAAAGAGAGAGAUCUGCUCAAGGAAAACUACGAUAAACUUUUCAACAGUGCGUUCAAUGUGACCCACGAACAGCAAUGGAAGACAAAAGAACAGCAGCUGAAACUGCAGAUUGCCCAACUAGAGGUGGCACUGAAAUCAGAUCUUGCUGACAAGAAUGAGAUCCUGGACAGAAUCAAACGUGAAAGAGAACAGAACGAGAGCUUGUCACUAGAGAAUAGAGAGUUGCAGCUUCGUUUUCUGGAGCAAAAGCAGCAGCUGGAUGAAAUUAAAGAUCGCAUGAAGUUUUUCACCAAGGAGAGUGAUAUUGAUGUGGCUGAACUCAGUGAGGCAUUGAUGCUUAUAAAGGUUCGGAAAAGCCAGAAGAGCAGAGAGCUUGAGUUUCUGGAGAAAGUUGAGGAAGAUGUGAACAAGGAUUUGGAGCGUUCCAUGAGGGAACUCCAGGCAACACAUGCAGAGACAGUGCAAGAGCUGGAAAAGACAAGGAACAUGCUCAUCAUGCAGCACAAGAUUAAUAAAGACUACCAGACUGAGGUUGAAGCUGUGACCCGCAAGAUGGAAGAUAUUAAGCAAGAAUAUGAGAUGAAACAUGAGCGCUUAGCCCAGCUGCUCGACAUGAGAGCUGCCCGAAUCCGGAAACUAGAAGCCCAACUAAAAGACAUUGCUUACGGCACCAAGCAGCACGUAUUCAGGCCCGAGAUUACAGAUGAAGACCAGGCAGACGAGUUUGACGAAACGGUUCACCUGGCGAGGGGAGAGAACCUGUUUGAGAUCCAUAUCGGCAAAGUGCGCUUCUCCCCUGAGGCUCUGGAGGCACUGGGGGACCAGGAGCCCACCACGUUCUGUACGUACGCCUUUUAUGACUUCGAGCUGCAGGCCACCCCAGUGGUGAGGGGCUCCCAGCCAGCCUAUGACUUCACUUCCCAAUACGUGGUGCGUGUGGACGACUUCUUCCUGCAGUACCUCCAGACCGGCGCGGUCACACUGGAGGUGCAGCUUGCCAGCGGUAUGGAUUACCAGACUGCUGCGGCCGGCCAGCUGCAGCUGCGCGAGAUCCUGGAGAAGAAUGGCAAAGUCUUUGGCUCUUCUGCUCUGGUGGGUGUCAGAGGAGAUAUAAGUGCAUAUGGCACAGUGGAGUACUGGCUGCGGCUCCGACUUCCUAUGGACCAGGCUAUCCGCUUGUACAAAGAGCGCAUAAAGGCUCUUGGCUACCUGAGCUCCAAUCAGAGAGACGUACAUCAGACACAACAGGCUCUGGCAGCCCCUCCUCUCCUCUCCCCGCCACUGGCUGAAGGCAAUCUGAACGAGCUCCAUAUCACAGUGCGGCGCUGUAAUAACCUGAAGGCUCGGCAGCCCGCUGUGCAGCCCAGCCCAUACGUCAUCUACAAGUUCUUUGACUUCACCGACCACGACACACCCAUCAUUCCCAGCAGUAAUGACCCCCACUUCGAUGACCACAUGAGUUUCUCUGUGCCAAUGAACGCUGACUUGGACCGCUAUCUGAAAGCCAACUCACUCUCCCUCUACGUGUUUGAUGAUGAGGACACCCAGGGACAUCUGUAUUUGGGAAAAGCCAAAGUGCCUCUUAUGUCUCUAGCUCACGAUAAAGGCAUCAUUGGGACGUUUGAGCUGCUGGACCAUGCUGGCCAGACAAGUGGGACCAUUGACGUGACUUUGAAAUGGCGGUUCUCUUACCUCCCACCAAGCGGCUGCUCCAUGACAGUAGAACAGGCCAGGUUUGUGCCCAAGGAGGUUCCAGAGAAGUUAACUGCCGAGGAGGAAAAUACAGGGUCGCCUUCUUUAGCCCUUUCACCCACGUCCGUCAGAGAGGUUCCUCAGCCAAAGCCCAGGCGUCAGGUACCUUUAAAGGACAAAACAUGUAGCAAGAAAGUGUCAUUCGUUGACGUUAGAGCACCUGAAAGUCCAGUUCAGGAAAGCAGUCCACACCCUGACCAUGAAAAUGAAAUAUUAGAAGAAAAAACCCAGGGUUUGACUCCACUACAACCCACAGAGGCCAGGACAGAGCCGGAGGUCGGCGAGGAACAGCCGCUGGCCGCACAGGAAACAGGCGAGGAAGAGGAGGAGGAGGAGUCGCGGCUCUCGGAGGGGCAGCUGGCCACACACAGCUCCCUGUCCUCUGAGGAAGACUCCAGCAUCUCGGAGGAGCUCCCUCAGCAGGAAGAAGGGGAGGAUGCACCGGCUGCUGAUCUCAAUGAAUCAAUACUCUCGGACAGUGAUGACUGCAUUGUUCCAGCCCAGGCAUCUCAAGGCAGAAAGCAGCCAUCCAGUCGCAUCCGUGUUGAGAUCAUCUCUCUCAGCCUGAAUCCGGACUCGUCUGUGGCCAUGGAUGACAGCAUCCGAAAGCUGUUUGUGGAGUACAGGCUGCUAAACCAGUCUGCGGAGGAGACACCACUGUCGCUGCCCAAACCAGGCAGAGGCCAGAGUAUUCACUUCAACUACAGCACCAUGAUCCAUGUGGAUAUCGAAAAUAACAAGCCAAGACGUGAGAUCCUGAGGUCGGUGCUCCGGGGAACUGAGCCAGCACUGGAGAGUAUAAAGUUCACAGUAGUGAGCGACCCCCCUGAGGAAGAGCAGGAUUUGGAGUGCGAAGAUGUGGGUGUGGCUUUCCUGAGGAUCCGGGACAUCCUGGAGCACAGGCGAGACUUCAUCGACUGGAGCCUGGACAUUGUGGACGUGCAGGAAGGCAGCGUGGUGAUCGGGAGUCUGAAGGUGACACUGGAAGCUCUGGAUGCCCUGCAGUCCAUCAUGGAGGAGCCCUGAUGUUCCCACAGCCUGUCCUCUCCCCACACUACGACAUUAUUUUUAUACUUGAUGUAACAUUUGUAAAUCUAUUUGUAUGUUUUUGUAAUUCUGCGCGUCGAAAAAAUCACUGUAAUUCGUAGCUCCGGUGUAAAUACAAUAACAACAACAACCACGAAACAAUGGAAAAUAGUGCCUUUUGUGUCAAGGAUUGGAUCCACUUGCAGUUGUAGAAUUCAGUGUUUAUGUAAUAAUGUUGUGUGAAACUCAGUUAAUUUUUUAAUAAAAUAUUUCUUUUCAAAGUGCCAGCUCAGGAUUUAAGCCCUGGCAUGCACAUUCUAAACUGAAGUUUGGGCGUUAUCCCUAAUCACUCAACUAAAUGAAAAGCCUGCUAAGCCUCAUUAGGAGUUUUACACUAUGACGAUUUUAUUGGAAGUGCUAGAUGAAAAUUGCCUGGAUUAAUGUGUUAAUCUACCUCUUUAAAAUGCUAAUGUCCAUUUUAUGCACAUUAAAUCUCAGUAUGCAUUUUCUUUGAUGCAUGCAAUUUCUAUCAAUUAAAUACAGAGGAGAAAAACAGGCACAGCACAGAUUACUUCUCAUGCUUCAAGCAUGGAUUUUGUUGUUGUUUUUUUUGGUUAAAAUGCACCCUGAAUAGAGAAAAAAAGGCAGUAAUACUUAAUGCAGAAGAAUCCUGUGAAAUGAAAUAUUGGCGAUGCUGUCUAAGCUAAAUUCCUUUGAAAUCUAUAAAGUGCAUGCACA